AUGGAGGAAAUGCUCGGUAACAUUCCUGGUGCGAGACAGAUCUUUGAAAGAUUGAAGUCCUAUAUGCUCCCUAAUCACCAAGGAUGGUUCUCUUACAUUCAAUUUGAACUUAGAACAGAGGAGUUGAGAUGGCUAUUAAGGUUUAUGAAAGAGUGGUUGAUGAAUUUUGACAAGGAUGGUGUUGAUUAUGAUGUAGCGGUGGAGUUGGUUGUGGCCUUAUCAGAAUUUGAGGAGCAAUGUAAAGAUAUAGAACGUGCUCAUUGUGUCUACAAGCUGUAUGGGGAUAAGGAGAAGAUUGAUGAUGCCAUUUUGAACAAAAGGAGGGUUCAAUAUGAGGACGAAACUAGAAGGGAUCCCUUGAAUUAUGAUUCCUGGUUUAGUUACAUCCAAAUGGAGGAGAAGGCUAGUCUUGAGAAUAUGGAGAGGAUUAGGAACCUUUAUCAGGGGGGCUCGAGGUUGGAGUCGUUGGGCUCACUCGUGAGGUCUACAGGUAUUCUAUCUCUUGCUGAUUUUCUUUUCUCUAGCAUCUUGACUAAUGGCUGGUGUAGAUAG